UUCAAUGCUCGCCGAUCCCCAGAACGACGCAUCAGAACUCCGAGUCCGGACGUCUCUGCAUACUAUGCUGAAGAUGAGUCUGCCUCUCCAACUCGCCGUGGUCGCUCCCAAUCCAGAAAGGCAGUUGGCCGUGGCCACCUGUAUGAGAAUGGUGAUACUAUAGGUACACCAGCCCGCCAACUUCCUCCGGACAGCUAUACAACUCAGGACUUUUGCUCUCCCUCCCACAUCCUAUCUCAAAGCCAUAACCACCGACCUCCACCAAAUUCGUCCUCCCCAAGCCGUCAUAUGACUAAAUCACCAACAAGAAUCCUUGGCGACGUCCCCGAGCGCGAGGAGUGUGACAUCAAAAUUAGUGACGCGGAUUUAUUAGCCAGCCCAACUUCAAGUACCGCCCAAAAGCGAUCUCGUUCCCCAAUGAAGAAGAUGUUUGGCGAGCAUGGCUGGCUUGGACGAUCACCUGACGAGUUAGAGGCGGUAAAACUUAAGUCCAAGAAAUCCUCUCUUGGUCGAAAGGAAAAGAGUUCCGUUAUGGGAAAGCUUAGGACAAAGAUUGGGGAACUGGCCGAGAAAGCAGAUUUAAGUCCAACUAGCCGAGGUUCACGGCCUCACGACAAGCACCCAAAGGUCGCCGUUCUCUCUGUUUCUCUUGGGGCCCCAGAACAAGCCAGGAUCUACAUGGAGGUGGAGCUGAUGCUCGUUCACACGGCUAAUACCUUCCUCAUGAAUCAGUUCAGCCAUGGCCGUAUGGCGAUGGACUCGAUCAAGAAGACUGUGGACACGUGGAAGGCGAAAGGUCGACCCACCGUUCUGGAGUUCAUGUAUGACCAGGCAACUCAGCGCGAUCUCGUUGCAGUCAAUCAACACAGCCUACGCUUUUAUGGAGAGAGAGCCAGCAACGCCGUUAGAAUCAACGCAACGCUUUACAAUUGGAGACAAGUUGCGAGCUUCAUGGCUAUACGCACAUUUUGCGAUGCGGACACCAUCUUUCUGAAGUUGCUGUUUGACAUUGAACAGAUCCUCGAACUACUAGGUGCCCGAGAGCCGCUCUUGCUAAGGCUUCAACAAAUUCGAGCCUCCGCCAUUGAAACGAUGCGAGCCGCCAGAGCUAAUGAUCUGGGUUUCACAGGAAGAGAGCCAAAAUGGAACAGCCAAUCUUCAAACGACAGCUCGUCCAGGGGCCAGUCCUUAGAUAAUCCGUACGGCGGACUCAAACUUGUUCCAGAAUCCUACAGAGGAUAGCACUCUAAGCCUCCCAAAACUCAGCAGUUUGUAUGAACGUUCUGUAUGAUUAAAAAUUCUUUCGUUUCGCUUCAGAGCACAUUUUACUUGGUCAAGCUUUGGCAGAUGUUGACGGUCCGAUCCUCAGGGUUUCAAUUUCCUAGGUACCUGUUGGUUGGCCAGCCUACUGCAGGAAGAUCCAGACUCGAUUGGGGCUGGAAGCUCAUAUCUCCAUGAUGACCGAUUGGUCUCAUUCUUUCAACCUCCAAAAGAUAUCCUCCUCUCCUACUUCCCCUAAGUUGUCUUUCGAUUUCAUUUCUCUUUCCAACUCUUCACAACAGCCAGAUCGCUUGGGCGCAAUUGCCUCCUCAAUGGGAGGCGUUUUCUGCGUCGGGUUAUCCGUCCCUCCUUUCCCAUCAUGUACUUGUAGUCUAAUGCAAAAAUUA